ACUCGCAUAACUCCUACUCUGCUUCUGCUUUGAUCAUCAUCAUCAUCAUCAUCUCCAGAGAGAUUCAAUCAAAUCAUGUCGAGGAUCUUCGCCGUUAUUCCUCUCGCUAUUGCUCUCCUCCUCAUUGUUUCACCGGUUGUUCGAGCCAUCGAUGUCCAUUACUGUGAGGAGAACGCAGAGUAUGAAAUCAAAGUGAAAGAGGUUGAUAUAUCGCCUAAUCCUAUUGCCCCAGGCGAGCCCGCUACCUUCACCAUCUCUGCCAACACAGGGCGUGAGAUUUCGUUUGGGAAGCUGGUGAUUGAAGUUUCAUACUUUGGAUGGCAUGUUCACUCUGAGACUCAUGACCUCUGCACUGAGACAACUUGUCCUAUACAGACUGGAGAUUUCUUGGUUUCACACUCUCAAGUUCUUCCUGGUUAUACUCCUCCUGGUUCAUACUCGCUGAAAAUGAAGAUGCUUGAUGCGCAGAAGAAGGAAUUAACAUGCAUUCAAUUCUCGUUCGACAUUGGACUCAGAUCAUUCGUGGCUGGCAUUUAGAGCAACAACUUAUUCACCUGUAUUGGUGAUGAUUUGUAUAGGUAGUUUAGGCUAAUUCUUAUUCUUGCUAAUAUCUGUCAGACCUGCUCCUUUAUUUUUAGACACCAAAUGUGAAUGCUUCUUCACUAUAAGAUAUAACUAGGUACGGGAUAAAUGGAUUCAAAUAAAAUAUUAUAAAUAAUAUUAUUAUUUGAGAUUUAA